AUGGAUAAAAAAAAUUAUAUUUUCUCAGAGAAAAAGGAUGGACAAAUUUUUAAAGUUAUUGACAAAUCAAAAAGUUAUGAUUGCAAAGAAGUAACAUUACAAGGUUAUAAUAAUGUAAAGAACACUGACUAUAAAGAAUAUCUGAUAUUAGGUGGUCAAGAUUUUGAAAAAACUUAUAGAGUUAUAGAAUAUUAUUCAAAUAAAGAAGAUAUUAAAAAUCAAAUUAAAUUUAUUGAAAAAAAAUCUGAAUUUGAUUCUUUAUGGUAUAAAGAUUUUAAAGUUGAAAAAAAAUCCAUAGAUGAAUGUAGUAAUGAAAAAAGUAACAUUUUUUUAACUCCAAUGGAUCAAUUUAAUUUUAAAUCAAUAAUUGAAUCAAAUAAUCUUCAACAGGAUCUUUAUUUGAAAGCAAUAUUUCAUUUAAUAUUGGGUGCAUAUGAUAUUGGAGAAAAUGGACCAAAUGAUUCAAUGUUUAUAUCAUAUUUAAAUUAUUCUUUUGAAAAUCUUUACCUAAUCUCUUCAUCAUCAUCAAAUAAUAAUAAUAAUAAUAAUAAUAAUAAUAAAAAUUAUGAUUUUAAAUUAACAUACCCAUUUAUAAAUAUUCAACCAGAUCCCAGUACUACAAAUAAUAAAUCAAAUCCAUUUUUUAAAUCAAUUGUCAAUUAUAUUGAUUUUAAAUUUUCUGAUACUAUUUUAAAUGAUAUCAUUAUUAAAUUGAAUAAAGAUAGAUUAUUAGAAAAAUUUCCAAAUUCAAAUUUAGAUGUAUACUUUGAACAAUUUGAAGCAUCAAUUUUAUUUGAUGAACAAAAAAGUUUUAAAAUGAAUUUACCAAAUAAAAUUGAUCCAUUCAAAACAAUUAAAAUUUCAAGUUUUAAAAAGACCUAUAAAUCUGACACUGGAUUACUUUAUAUAAUUAAUAUUAAAGAAAAGGAAUAUGGUGUUGAAAUUUACCAAGAAAGUCAAAUUAAAGUUCUUGAUAUUGAAAUUAAUGGUAAAAAAAGCCAACCAAUGUGGGAAAAUAAUCAUUUAAAAUACUUUGAUUAUUGUAGAGAUAAGGAUAAAAAAUUAGUUUAUAUAAUUUAUGAACUUCCAACCAACUUUAACUAUAGCAAAUGUUAUAAUGGUUUUUCAAAUAAUAAUCUAAGUAAAGAUAAAAAAGAUAAACUUUUUUAUAGAUUAAUUGAAAAUCAUAUAUCAAAUUUUGAUAUAACUGAAAAUAAUGUUAAAAAAUCUUUUAGAGAUAUUGAAACUUUAAAAAAUUAUUCUUUAAAUUUAAUAAUUUCAAAUGAAGAGAAAUUAUUUUAUUCAUACUCUUUUAAUAUGAAAUCAAAUAGUAAUUUUAUUGAUUCAAUAUAUGAUAUUGGUAAAUGGGUUUAUGGAAAAAAUAGUGAAGAGAUUAAUCAAUUACAAUGUAUAAAAUUAUUACAACAUUUAUUAUCAUAUAAUAAUAUUCAAUUAAUUCAUCAUCAAUUAAAAUUUUCAUUCUCAAACAUAUACAAUCUUAUUAGAAAGAAUUUAUCUGGUUUCAAAAAAUUAAUUCCAAAAUUUAAAAAUAAAUUACAAAACAAACAUAUUAAAUAUUCAAUAAUUAAAAUUGAUGAAGAUUAUUACUAUAUAAAAAAUUUAUCAUCUCCAUUUGAAAAUCAUAAUGAUUUUUAUAAAACAAUAAUUUUAACUUUAGAGAAAACAAUUACUGGAGAGAAAUUAAUUUGUUUUAGAAAUCAAAAUAAUAGUCAAUUAUUUGGAAGUUCUUCAAUAGAAUUAAAAAAUUUACCUGGUAGUGCUAUUCAAUGUUCAAAUAUAAAACCACCAAUUUUCACAGUAAAGGAUUCAAAUACAUCAUUUACAUUAUUUGAAUAUCACCAAGUAAUUACUUUAAAUCGUUUUAUUUUAGAAUUUGGUCAUUUAUCUUUUUUAAAAUCUUUGCUUUUAUAUUUUAAAACAUUGAAUGAAACUCGUAGUAAUGAAAUGGUUUUAAUCAAUUUAUCAGUAAUCUUUGGAUUUGAAUGUGACUCUUAUUUACUUUUUGAUAUUAGAGAAUUUGCAGAGAAAUAUUUUAAUAUUUUUUAUGGAUGGGAGGAAUUAGUUUUAAAUUCUCCAGCAUUAAUUAAACAAUUUCUUAUUUUUAAUGAUUCAACUAUUGAACAAGAUAAUUUGACUUUAGAUUUUUAUGAACAAAUUUAUAGUUAA